AUGCGACAUCAUCACGCACAUACGAAAGUCGCCGACGAGAAACGAACACUUUUAACGAAACAAGCUGAACUAAAACAACAGAUUCAAACUAAAAAUGCUGCUCAACAACAAGUUGAACGUCAAAAGCAGGUCAUGGAGAAAGCGACAGUUGAUCAUGCCGAAGCUGAACGUCAACUUGCACAAGCUAAAGAACAACAAACAAUGAAAACAAAUGAAGUUCAUGAUGCUGAGGCACAAGUUCAACAGCAGACUGAACAUGUCGAACAAUUAAAACGAGAAGCAACUGAACUUGAACGAAAUCAAACACAAAUUCAACAAGCUCUUGUCAAUGCAGAAAAUGAAUUGAGAAAUGCUCAAACUAAGGAACAAACAGCGGAAGCCACCCUUCAAGAAACGAAUCAACAACUUGCAGCCAAACAACAGGAAGCUCAACAAUUAGAAUCUUCAGUCGGUCAAAAACAACAGCAGCUCGAAGUUAAACAGGCUGAAUACGCUGCCAAAGAAAGUCAAGCACAACAGACUAAAAACCAAGUGACUUCUAUCGGUCAAGAUCUUAAAUUAGCUAACAAUACAAAAGCACAAUCGGAAGCUGAAAAUAAAGAACAAGAAAGCAUGCUUCGAACUGAACAGAGUAAAAGUCAAAAACUCGAUUCAGAACAUCAACAACUCAAAGCAAAAAUUGAAGUAGCCCAACAACAAAAACAACAGCUUUCUCAACAAUUACAACAGUUCAAAAGUCAAUUGGAUCGACAAAAUACAGAUAUGACGAGCAAGAAAAACGAAGUAGAGAAAACCAAAGCUGAUUUGCAAACAAAAGAACAACAGAAUGAUCAAGUUAAAUCCCAACGGGAUGAACGUAAAGCUCAUGUUGAACGAGUCAAAGGACAAAUACAAGAAAACAAACAAAAUUUAAAAGAGAACGAAACGAAUCUAUCGCAGAUAGUACAAACUAGACGAGAACGAGAAAUCGCCAAACAGUUGGCAGAACGCCAAGUCACCGACAGUCAACAACGUCUUAAUCAAACAGUUGAAAAACUUGAAGAAUUAUCCAAUCAGGUUCAAGAAAGACAACAAGUUUACGAUGAAAAAAAUCGUCAUCACACAGAACUUGCUAAUAAUCUAAAACAACGUCAAACCGAGAAAGAAUGUUUGGAUAGUAAUGUGCAAGAUAUGAAUAAUCGAUGGACAUCGAAGCGGAUCUGGGCAACAACUGCAGCGACACAUGCUGCUGAACUCACUCAAGAAAAAAGUAAUAUUCAAAUAGCAAGCCGAAAAGCAGCAGAAGCUAACCGAAAACAACAACAAAAUCUACUUUUACACAAUCCAAAUCAGACACAAAUAACUAAUCGAAACUUGAGACAUCAACAACAAAACUAUAACCAUUGA